AUGAGCGGCUCUUCUUUGAGACCGAGUAUGCCUAGUCGGCCAGUCUCCAAUAUAAGCCAAAUAUCUCUGAACAAAGCAUUACCGCCAACGCCUGGGCCAGAUGCUUCCGACCUAACCACUUUACUUAUUGGCCCUAAGAAGCGCCGAUUCAAAGUCAACCACAGGCUACUUUGCGAAGUCUCUCCAUUUUUCCAGGAACGCCUUGAAGACCCUUUCCACUCACAAACAGUCUCAUUGUGGCUUCCCAGCGAGUCGCCAGCCAUGUUUGGCCUAUUCAUUGAGUGGGUACACUCUCCAGAAACAUUCCGUGACUAUCUCGACAGCGCAAUUCACUCGGCCUUCAAAAAGAGAGAACAGGCGUCACUCGAUAUUCACUGGGCAAUCAUUCACCUCCAUCUCUUUGCCUCACAACUAUCUCUAAGCGACCUACAAGAUGCUUCUAUGGAUGCCAUUCAGGAUUUGUACCUCAAGUACGACUGGGAUGUACCGCCGAAACUGAUCGUUUACCUUUACACCGAAUGCGAGGCAGAGCCUUCAAUCUGCCUUCGCCGCUGGGCAGUCGCCAUGGUAGCAUUUCGCCUCGCUGUUGGUAGCCAGCCCACGUUCCCAGAACAAGAUUCGACAAGUCUGGACCCUAAUCAGUUUUACGCACUGUUCCAAUCGCUUUCCGAAUUCUCAGCUGAUUACGCUCAACAUAUCAAAUAUAUGAAGGAGUCUGGUCAUGAUAUUCAAGUCAAGAAUCCACAACUCCGUAUGCCGGAAAAUGAAGAGAGCAAUGAUGGACAAUUCUAUGGGUUCCGGCAAUGUUCGUUUCAUUCACAUAGCUCCGAGGUUGGCGAGGGCCCAUGCCCUCUCGCGGCUGGAAGGUCACCCAGCAGAGCUAUGAGCGCACCAGAUCUACCAAAACCGAGAUGGGGAAAGCACAAACGUCAAGAGAGCAGCAAUCCACCAAGAUCUUUAUUUCCAAGGAAUAGCAACAGGGAAGACGAAGAGAGAACGGGAGGCUUCUCACAAUCGCUUAGCUCGAUCGCGUCUAAGUUUUCAUGA